AUGAUUCAAUACUUUCCCUUUGUUGCGGGUGCUUUGUCAGUCGUUGCGCUGUCGCGCUUGGGGUCCCAAAGAUGGAUGCCACUGAUGACACAGCCUGCAUUGCGGCACUUAUACAUGUCAGCACUUCAGCAACUGGCAGAAACCAGGAUUCGACCAUCUGCGACGCUGUUCAAUUCCUUGCUGACAGCUGCAUCCCGAGAUGGGGACCCGUUUCAAUGUGAACUCUGGUUUCGCAGGAUGGUUUGGAGCAAAGUUGCUCCAGAUGUGACCAGCUUUACCUCCGUAAUCUCUGCAUUUGCAAGAGCAGGCGAUCCAGAUCAUUCCGAGAAGUGGUUCAGGAAGAUGCAACUUCGAGGGCUUGAGCCAACUGUUGCCACCCUGAAUGCCUUGCUGGACGUGUGCGCUAAGCGCGGAAGAUUGCCUCCAGCAGAAUGGUGGUUUGAAUUCAUGGAAGACUCCAUGCUGCAGCCUGACAGAGUAAGCUUUUGUGCUAUGCUGAAUUGCUGCGCAAAAAAGCAAGAUACUUCCAGGGCAGAGAUGUGGUUCCUGAAGAUGCAGAACUACCGGAUAGCAGCGGACCUGAUUGCCUACAAUGCUUUCAUUGCUGCUUACGCUGCGCAGGGGAACUUGGACAAAGCAGAAAGAUUGCUUCUCAUGGCGUGUGCAAAGCGUUUACAACCUGAUUUGGUGACCUACAACAGUUUGUUACAUGCCUGCGCCCGGGCAUCGGGACACCAGGAUCUGGCGAAAGCAAAGGAGGUGUACUUGGUGAAAGCGAAUGAGAUCAGCCUGGACCCGGUGAGCUUCAACUCUGUGCUGCAUGCUUGCGCACGGCUUAGCCAGGUAGCUGAAGCAGAGCGAACAAUGCGAAGCAUGGCCAAGAUGCGAGCAAUGCCCACCCAAGUGAGCUACAAUGCCGUGAUCAAUGCUCAUUGUCAGGCAGGCAAUGCUGUCGGUGCUACUUCUUGGCUUGAUCAAAUGGCGUCAACAAAGAUCCAGCCAGACAUUGCCUCCUUCACGCCCAUGAUAACUCUGUUGACACGCAACAGAGAUGCACGCUCGCUGCAGAACAUUUUCUCGCGCAUGCGAAGUGUGGCCUGACACUGAUAUCGCUGAUAUCGAUCAAAGAAGGAUGCUUUCUAUUCAGCUUUUAUUGGCAUCAGGUAGUGAGGCAGACAUUGUUUGCCACAAAUGGUCCUUAAAAUUUAAAACGUAAAAUAACUUUCUUUGUCGCGUUGAUUUCUGUUUUUGUCCACAGAGAUUGGUCUUAGGCAGGGCUUGUGACGGAUGGUUCGACAAGCGGUGUUAUUGCAGGACAGCUUCCACCAGGACCUGUUAGCGCAAAGUGAAGCAGGUUCGCCCUGCCAUUGGGAUUGGCGUUCUCAGGGUGGUCUUGAAGGCCGCUGUGCCAGUGAGGUUUGCUCUCGAAGCGCUUGCCUCGAAGCCGUGCUUUCGUGAUUACGUAAAAAUUGCGAUCUUGAGGGACCCGGGUGGAACAGCAAUGCGUCGAAAUCGGUCCAAGCGUGUGUGGCGCGGUUGAAAUUUUGCUAGACAUGUCACAGUGCGGCGUAGUCACUUUUUGUGGCAGGCGCAAUACUUUGCGCGUGGCUGAGGCAGCAUGGCACUGUCUUACAAGAGUGUCUGUGUCCCACAAGAGUGUCCUGCAAGUCCUACAAGAGUGUCCCACAACAGAGUGCCCACAAGAUUGCC